AUGGUGCAAAACAGACGGAGUCGAUUGUUGUUGCUCACUGCGAUCACCAUUGGGCUCCUAAUCUUCUGGAAACGCGGAGUAAAGGAGGAACCAGCAACGCUACCUGUAGCUCCUGCUCUUCUCGACGACGACAAUUUGAAUACAUCUGGCCUCUACACCGAAUUUGCCAUCUCCUAUGACACCGUUCAAAAGAGGCGGGCUCGACUGUUGGUGCUCUCUGCGGUGAUCAUUGUUUUGGUGCUCCUCUGUAAACGAGGAGUCGAGGAGCAACCAUCAACGCUCCCUGCAGCUCCUGUUCUUCACGCCGGCAACCAUUUGAAUACCUCAAGCCUCUACACCGAAUUUGCGAUCUCUUAUGACACCGAUCCGCCAAACCCCGACCCAGCCGAUCCGUACUCUAUCUGUCGACUCGUACGCUACAAACCUUUCCCGGCAGAGUUGAACGGGAUUUUUGCCGAUCACACGCCCUACUGUACAAAUCCUGAAUACUUACCUGCCACAGAAGUGCGCGACGGUGCAAUUGGCUAUCGAAAUUCGGAGUUCUGGGGCCGCCGGGUGAGCAGCUGCAAGGCGAGAUGCCACUACUACAAUGGUACGGUAGGCUUCCGCCCCGGACCCUGGUUCCGCCUCGAGUCCGGCAAACCCCAGCCGAUGGACUGUGAUUUUAUUUAUGCGGAAUGCUACCUGAAAUCGAAACUCGUGGAUGCCUUUCUGCACAAUCAAGUGUACAGAAACAAAUCCGAGACUGGCGAGCGCCCUGCAAAGAGGACUUCCGGAAUGCCGGAUGUAAUUCUAAUAGUGUUGGACUCUGUAGCGACCUCACAAGCGGAAAGAUCUCUCCCAAAAACCCUCGAAUUUCUGGUCACCGAGAUGAGCGGCGUGCAGUGGCCAUUUUUAAAUCGCGUCGGCUCGAACAGUAUGGUUAAUGGCCUCGCUAUUUUGCAUGGAAAGCGUAUCAACAGCGUGCAAAAACACACCGGUGAAGAGCUGGAGCCAGAAUGGGAUUGGGACAAAGUCUGCAAUCAAUACCGCGACAACGACACCGGUGUCGUCACGGAUUAUGAGAAACGCGGCUACAAAACGCUAUUCGGGUGCGAGAGCUCGGGCGGCGAUAUCUGGGCGGCGCCGAAUUGCAAGGGAUACAGCUACCAGCCGACACAUCACUAUUUCGGUCCAGCUGCCGGCUCCUUCUAUGAAAUCAAGGGACUGCUGGGCCGGAUGGCAAAGGGAUGCUGGGAACCUCACAAUAUGCUGCUCGAUUAUUUGUCGAAUUUCUAUAAAGCGUAUCCGGAAAACCCGAAGCUCGGCAUCAUCUGGCCGGCCUAUAUCGGACACAACAACCCGAAUGAGCUGCCCCAUUCCGACAUCGACUUCAAGCAGUGGUUUGACGAUAAUCGGCCGUUGCUCACCGAUUCGUUCAUCUUCUUCAUGGCCGACCACGGGCCCAGAUAUGGCAACCUAACCACAACAAAAAUCGGACAAUACGAGGCGAACAACCCGAUGCUGGUCACUGUCGUCCCCGAAUGGUUGCGAGCGAAUAAGCGACUGAUGUCAAACCUACGGGAAAACUCGAAGCAUUUGGUGACGCAGUACGACGUCUACGCCACGCUGAUGGACAUUUUGGAGACCGACUUCGACGCACCAUUUCUCCCGUUCCGCUUCAAAGAGAUUCUGAGGCCGAAUCCAAACAAUGGCACGUCACUGCUACGCCCACUCGGCCCGUUCAGUCACCGUACUUGCCGGAACGUGCUGGUCUCCACCGAAUUCUGUCUCUGCCAAUAUGACAAGAUUUUGAAGAGGCCCGGAGACGUGCCCGAUCUCGACCGUAUGGGCCAAGUCGCGGUUACUGGAUUGAACCAGAAACUUCGCACCUACAAUGUGUCACAUUUGUGUGAGGACUGGCGCUUGAAACGGAUAGACACGGUAGCAGCCGUGGAGCCGGAAGACCAGACACAACUCUACAAAAUCAUCGUCACCGUUGACCCGGGGGCGCAUCGUUUCGAAGCGACGAUCCGCCGAGACCCGAAAGCUGCUUCCGGCGUGCGACUACUAUCACUCAGCGAGCGUCUGACCAGCUAUGGGCAUACCGCCAAUUUCUUCCGACUGCUUGAAGCCAGCGUCUCUGCCAUGGUUCAAAAAAGGCGGGCUCGACUGUUGGUGCUCACCGCGGUGAUCAUUGGUCUGCUACUCCUCUGGAAACGAGGAGUCCGGGAGCCACCAUCAAAGCUCCCCGUAGCUCCUGUUCCUUGCGACGACAACCAUUUGAAUACCUCGGGUCUCUACACCGAAUUUGCGAUCUCUUAUGACACCGACCCGCCGAACCCCGACCCAUCGGAUCCGUUCUCUACCUGCCGCCUUGUACGCUACAAUCCGCUGCCCGCCGAGUUGAAAGGCUUUGCCCGCAAUCCGGGGCCCUGCAAAAAUCCAGGAUAUGUCCCGGCCACAGAACUGCGUGACGGUGCAAUCGGAUUGCGGGAGUCGGCAUUCUGGGCCUCGAGGGUGGACAGCUGCCAAGCGAGGUGCCUGUACUAUGUGAGGCCGAGGGAGCUGGGUCGCGGGAACUGGGUCAACCUCACGCGCGGUAAAUUCGAGCCGAUGAACUGCGACUGGAUCCACUCGGAAUGCUACCUGAAGUCGAACCUCAGCGACGCCUUCCUCCACAAUCAGAUUUACAGAAACAACUCAAAGACAAGCCAGGCAUCGACGUCGGCGCCAUCGUCCCGCCGACCGGACGUCAUUCUAAUCGUACUGGAUUCGGUGGCUAUGACACAGGCCGAGAGAUCCCUCCCAAAAACCCUCGACUUCCUGGUGAACGAAAUGGGCGGCGUGCUGUGGCCCUUUUUGAAUAGGGUCGGCGAGAACAGCAUGGUGAACGCCUUUGCUUUUUUGCACGGGAAACGCAUUCGGACCGUGAUGAAGUACACGGGCGAAGAGCUGGCUCCGGAAUGGAAUCGGGACAAAUACUGCUACCAGUACCGCGACAACGACACCGGUGUCGUCACGGAUUAUGGGAAACGAGGUUACAAAACGCUAUUCGGGUGCGAGACCUCGUACGGCGAUAUCUGGGCGUCGCCGAAUUGCAAAGGCUACAGCUACCAGCCGACGCAUCACCAUGCAGAACCGGCAUCCCUGGCGUGGACGUGGCCCUCGCUGAGUGACAGGAUGAGGGCGGGCUGCUGGGAGACGCACCAUUGGCUGCUCGACUAUCUGUCCAACUUUCUCAAGGCAUAUCCGGAAGACCCAAAGCUCGGCUUCUUGUGGCCAAGCCACCUUGCGCACGACGACCCGAACGAACUGCUCCACGCCGAUGUCGAUUUCAAGCGAUGGUUCCAGGACAAUCGGGAGCUGCUGUCCCAGUCGUUCAUCUUCUUCAUGGGCGACCACGGACCCAGAUUUGGACCGCUGACACAGACGAAAAUCGGACACUACGAGGUGAACAAUCCGCUGCUGGUCACUGUGGUCCCGGAACGAUUGCGUGGACACGAGCAACUGAUCAAAAAUCUGCAAGAAAACGCGAAGCACCUUGUGACGCAGUACGACGUUCACGCGACGCUGAUGGAUAUUUUGGAGACCUCCUUCGACGAGGCACAUCUGCGGUUCGACUUCAAGGAGAUUCUGAAGCCAAACCCGAACAAUGGCACGUCACUGCUACGCCCCCUCGGACCGUUCAGCCACCGUACAUGCCGGAACGUACCGACCUCUACCGAACACUGCCUGUGCCAAUACGAUAAGAUCCCGAAAAUACCCAACGACGUGCCCGACCUCGACCGAAUGGCCCAAAUCACGAUGGAGGCCCUUAACCAGAAAGUCCGCGACAACAAUAUCACGGAUAUAUGUGUAGAGUGGACGUUAGACAAGGUGCCGGUGGUCACUGCGAUGGCUCCCGAAAACGUGAUGCAAAUCUACAUAAUCAGCGUCAUCGUCAACCCUGGGCAACAUCGUUUUGAAGGGACGCUGCGCCGCGAUCCGAACGCCGACGGUGGGCUGCGUCUGUUGGCGCUGAGCGAGCGGCUGACGGCAUACGGGAAUACGGCAGACUGCGUGGAAAAGGUCGCACCCCGUCAGAUUGAUAUGCGGAAAUAUUGCCACUGUCGGAAGCAGAAG